AUGUUGAUUCCAAAGGAAGACAGAAAGAAGAUCCACCAAUACCUCUUCCAGGAGGGUGUUGUCGUCGCUAAGAAGGACUUUGACCAGCCAAAGCACGAGGAGAUUGACACCAGAAACUUGUAUGUGAUCAAGGCCUUGCAGUCCUUGACCUCCAAGGGUUUCGUCAAGACUCAGUUCUCGUGGCAAUACUACUACUACACCUUGACUGACGAGGGUGUGGACUUCCUCAGAGCCGAGUUGAACAUUCCAGAGGGUAUCUUGCCAUUGACCAGAUUGAAGGGUGCUCCAGCCUCUAGACCAAGACCAGUUUCCAGAGGUCCUCAGAGAAGAUUGGGUGGUGACUCUUACAGAAAGAGAGCCAGAGAUUAA